CCGUUGGACUCUGAUCUUUUAUUCCCAGCUGUCCCUCCCGAAGGAAAAAGAGAGCGGUUUAUUCCUCCACCCUGUGGGCAGGUGGAGCUGCGUCUUGUCAUAGUGACCUAGAGGAGCAGAACUUCACGAUCACCUUCUGAUCUCCACUGUGUCCUGCUACAGCCUCUGCAAACCUGGUAAAACCCAAGCCCGUAGUUCGACUCAUUGUGCCAAGCCAGGACAGCCCCAAGCAAAUUAAAGGAACAGUCUAUUUACAUUCAUGAGCAACUAUAAUGUGACACAGACUUCCUUGUUUUGCAUAGUUAAGGAAUGAUAGACAGUUGGUGGAUACUGUCAGACUCUAGAAUUUGUGUUUUUUAUGGCUUUUGGAGGAUGAACAGGCAUUGCUAUGGAGGCUGAAAGCGAGGUGGAAUUUUCUAGCAGUGAUGUCAAGUUCAUUCCAUCGUGGAGGAGAUCAGCUACUCUUCCUCCCCAGAGAGAGGGAUUGUACUACAGUCGGAGCCCCAGACCUAGACCACAGUCUUAUCAGAGUCCAAGUGGACUCCUAGUGACAGACUUCCCUGUAGAGGACAGACACAGUUUUACACUGACCCAGCCUGACGAAAGGAUUACAAGUUCUCCAGAAAGCAAAAUUUCUCACCAACGAGCUGUCUUUCCAACAGCUCCCAAUGGUAAACUAUUGCCUUCCUCCUCAUCAUCAUCAUCUCUGGAAUAUAAACCUUUGGCCCAGAAUCAUAAACGUUCAUCUCAGGUUCUAAAAGUGGUUUCAAAUAACGCCAUUAGUUUUACAGCCAAUGGAAAUCUUCCAUCACCAAAUCAAAAAUCAAUGGUUUCCAACAGGAUAUCCAGUAGUGUUACCGUAACACCUGAUAAAGAACAGAUCAUUUUUGGCUCCAAUUCUUAUUUUACAAAAAAUGGAUUAGAGAAAUCUGGUAACUGUGAUCAGACUCUUCAAACACAAGCCAAGCAGGAUGUGAAUUCCUUCUCUCCAGACUCUUCUUCAGGUUCUUCAAAAUCACCUUCAGAUGAAAAGCAAGCUCUUCAAAGAAUCCCAUCUAAUUCAGGUUCCUUAUCAGAAAAGCAGUCAGUAGUGCUAAGCACAAACAGUGCAGCUGCUUUAAGAAUGGGUGCACAACAAAUUAUUCCUAAAAGUCUAGCUUCAGAAAUAAAAGUAACAAACAAAACUAGUGGAUCCCAAAACAUGGAACCUAACAGAAGGCUACUUAAGACACGUAGUAUGGUGGAGACCAACUCAGCUCGUUUAGUGGCAGCUUCAGAUGAUGGAAAAGCAGAACCUGAGACAGAUAGCCCAGGAACAUUGCGGAGAGGUCUUCGAUCCACAUCUUACCGCAGGGCAGUAGUAAGUGGCAUCGACACUAACAGUCCUACAGAGAGAAAAAAGAAUAACCGGAUGUCUCAGCCAAACCUCAAGGCGGUCGUAGAGGACAAAGAGAGAUUUUCCAGUUUGGGAAGGAUAAAGAGAAAAAUUCUACGGGGACAAGGGACAUUUGAUGGAGAAGAAAAUGCUGUUCUAUACCAAAAUUACAAGGAAAAAGCCCUUGAAAUCGAUUCUGAUGAGGAAGCAGAUGCCAAAGAACAAAAGGAAGAGCGGAUUAUUGUUGAAUAUAAACCUUUAAGAUCGACAUGGAGUCAGCUUUCGGUGGUAAGAAAGAAUGGGUUGUCGCAGUCAGUUAGCCAAGAAGAAAGAAAAAGACAAGAGGCGAUGUUUGAAGUGAUAUCUUCAGAGCAUUCAUACCUACUUAGCUUAGAAAUUUUGAUCCGAAUGUUCAAGAAUUCCAAACAACUGAGUUCCACUAUGACCAAAACCGAAAGCCAUCACCUCUUCUCCAAUAUUACAGAUGUCUGUGAAGCAAGUAAAAAGUUCUUUAAAGAGCUGGAAGGAAGACAUCAGAGAAACAUUGUAAUUGAAGACAUUAGCGACAUUGUUGAGAAGCAUGCAAAGUCAACAUUCGAUCCCUAUGUGAAGUAUUGCACCAAUGAAGUUUAUCAGCAAAGGACACUCCAAAAAUUAAUUUCUACAAAUGCAUCUUUUAAGGAAGUUUUGUCUAGAAUUGAAUCUCACGAAGACUGCAGGAAUCUCCCCAUGAUCUCAUUCCUCAUCCUUCCUAUGCAGAGAGUUACUCGGCUUCCCCUGCUCAUGGAUACAAUCUGUCAAAAAACGCCCAAAGAUUCCUCAAAGUAUGAGGUAUGCAAAAGAGCCCUGAAAGAAGUUGGCAAGUUGGUCCGUCUGUGUAAUGAAGGAGCACGGAAGAUGGAGAGGAUGGAAAUGAUGGUCACAAUCAAUUCGCAACUGGAAUUUAAAAUUAAGCCAUUCCCUUUAGUGUCUUCAUCCCGGUGGUUAAUGAAGAGGGGCGAGCUAACCGCCUAUGUAGAAGAUACUGGGAUUUUCUCAAAGAAAACGACUAAACAGCCAGUCUACUUCUUUCUCUUCAACGAUGUCCUCAUUAUUACAAAGAAGAAAAGUGAGGAGAGUUAUAACGUCACAGAUUAUUCCUUACUAGAGCAGCUUUACGUUGAGCAAUACGAUAGCGAGGAACCAACUUCACCUACGAAGACCAGCACACCAAUUCUCUACUUGCGCCAAUGCUCAGCAAGUCACCUAUUCACGUUAACCAUCCGCAGCAACUAUGCAGGGGAGGAAGUAGAGAUGCUGCUUGGAGCAGAGACCUUGAGUGACCGAGCUCGCUGGAUAACUGCGCUGGGACAGAGAAAUGACAGACCAUACACAGAUAGAACAACUUUGACACAAGUGGAAAUUACCAGGACAUACACUGCUAAGCAGCCAGAUGAGCUUUCUCUACAGGUCGCUGACGUGGUCUUGGUUUAUCAGAAAAUUAAUGAUGGGUGGUAUGAAGGGGAAAGACUGCGAGAUGGAGAGAGAGGUUGGUUCCCUAUGGAGUGUGCCAAGGAAAUAACUUGCCGUGCCACAAUAGAAAAGAACAUGGAACGCAUGGGACGUUUACUUGCUCUGGAAACAAAUGUCUAGCCCAAGACUCAAGCCAGCCAUUUUUUUUACUGCAUGAUUUGCACUACAAUAGCAGCACUGUUGGUGGGAAAGUUAGAAUAAUUGACCUUCAGCGUACUUGCAGAGCUAGACACUGAACUCCUGUGAAGAUUCGCAUCACCAUGUAAUCAUUAGGGUGAUAGUCUAAGGACAGUGUCUCUACUUUCAUGUCCACAUAAGCCACUGCUUCCGUUCUAUCAUUUUACUCAUGGAAUCUAAAAGGGAAAGUUGGCAUUAAGCAAAUACGCUCAAAAGGCAGAACAUUGUUGUUAUGUCUAUCAGGGUUAUAUUGAGACUUCAUGUUUGGAAACCAACACUAAAGCAAAAGUUGUGUGGGCAUCUAUUUGGACAUGGUUCAGAAGAACGGACCUUUAGAAAUUCUUUGACAACAUUCCAUGCUUCUUGGGGUUACCACACAUUCGUUAUGAAACGACGGUAAGAAGACGCAAUCUUACUUAGAAUUAUUAGCAAAUAAGGAAUGGAAAAACUCAACAUUCGCAGAAACCGUAGUUUAAUAUAAAUGAGGAUUCUUAAGCAACCUAGUAAUGAAAGUUGCCUCAAAGCCUUUACGUAUGACUUUUAAGUGGCUUUUGAACUUUACAUGAACUGUAAAUGCUAGGAAGAAAAUAGUCUUAACAUAAAAAAACACUGCUGAUAGGGAGAUUCUGUUCAUAUGUUUUAGUAUCCAAUGAGGAUUCCACAAGUACUGUAUAAACACAGCAUUCCAUAGAUUAAAGAAAAGCAGCACUUAUGAAAUAGCCCUUUUGGUGAGGUUUCGUUCUGAAAACAAAAAAGUUUAAAUGCUUUUAUUUU